UGUUGCAGGAAGUAACAAACUCACCUCUAAAUGGAAAUGCGGAGAGUAAUUCUGCUGCUCAAAAUAAAAGUGGCCAAUCAUGGUACACCAGAUUGUCUGAUGACAAGAAAGCAGAGAUCCCCGAGAAGCGUCGUGUCCCCCGGCAACAGAAGAAUGUUGCGGCCGUACGAAGUCUAAACCAUGCCCAGGAAUCAGAGGCACAUGCUUCUUCUAUAAGGUCUUAGCAAUGUAUCCCUUUGGCCAACAUCACCAACACACAUAUAGAUGUUACAGUAUGUACGGCUGCAAGCUCCGCUGGUAUUGUUCAUCUUCAACAAGACAACAUUUCAGGCAGAAAAAGAAGUGGACAAAGUUGGUAUGCCGGGCUAUCCGACGAGCGGUGGGCUGAGUACAUAAACAAACAGAAGAUGGCCCGAAUCGCACGGAAAGCUGCCUCUGCCAGGGUGAAUGUCCAAGUGCCUACAUCAUCUGCCCCACAAGCUUCAUCUGCUCAUACCUCUGGUCGGGUAAGCUAUGGUGGUCGUGAACAUCAAUUGCAAGAAAUAGUAGGACAAUGCAACAAACAUAAUGGUAAUGAAGGUGAUGACUUCGAAUCAUAUAGAGUGACAACUGAUGGUUCGCAUAGGCUCGAGACUCAUGAUCCUUACGACUACGUCUACCACAAUCUACCCAACAAGCAUCAUGUUUUGAAGACAGUAAAAGACUGUAUCCAUUGUGGAGCAAUGAGGUUCCAGUAUGAAGGUCCAGACUUCUGUUGCAGAAAAGGUAAGCUCAAGGUAUUUAUCCCAGAGGUUCCUCAAGAUCUACAAUGAUUGUUUACAAGUCAGAUCGACAUGGAUGCAAAGUACUUUAGAAAGCACACUCACUGUUUCAACUCCCAUUUCUCCUUCAUGAGCCUUGGAGUUGCCCUUGAUAAUUGGAUCAACACCGCGGCAAGAACCAGUGUAUACACCUUCC